CUGCUAUUCCAAACCCAGCAGUGCUGCUGAAAAGCAGCCGUUUCUGGCAAGAAAAAAGGGAUGUAAAAACAGAAAGGAAAACAACCACAAUCACAUCUCUGUCUGUGGGCAAACAAACCACUCCAGACAGCCAAAUUGCUCUGGGAGCGCUGGUGUAACCUGUUGUGCUUGCUGUCCCUGUUGCGCUUCGUACUGGGCUGCCAAGAACCGUCACUGUUUUGGUUUUAGGGUAUUUUUCUGGAGAGAGAAAGUGAAAAGGAAAUACGCAAGUUUUGGAAUCAUGAAUGUGAAUCUGAAUGAGUUGGAAAGCAAUUCAGAGAAUACUGUAGACAGCACAGAGGAACAAGGCAAUGCCAUCUGCAGGAGGUACGCCGAGAGAAGCAGCCUUGUGCGGCGGUACCUGCAGGCUGAUCUGAGCCUCCACCUCCUUGAGGCACAUCAGAAGAAAGUGGAGCUUCUGAAGAAGUGUUGCUAUUACCUUGAGGUUCUGCCCACGUUUUUGAUCCUGAGAGAUCAGAAUCUCUUGGCGCUUCCUACCAGCAUCUUCCAAGUCAUUGACCCCUGGAAAUUCCAGAGAGUGAAGAAAAUGGGAAGAUCCCAGACUGAAAUCCACCUGCAGCUUUUAACCCACCUGUUAGAAGAGCUGCAACAAGGUCGGGAGGAGCUGGUCUGCUACGUGGAGACCUGUGACAUGGUAACUUUCCUCUCCAAGUGGGACUCAAUUAAGCAGAGAAUGUCAGAGCUCUCCAAAGCAAUGAACAAUUUCAAUUCUGUGCAAGUAUCAAGAAGACUCUACACCAAGCACCGUCUGGUGUCAUGUGCAGAGAUUAGGGGUAACAAAAUACCAGACAUUAGGCUUUUUCUCUGUGCAAAGAUGCCAGUUCUGUUUGAUCGGAACGAAUCAUACGCACACAAGAACUGGGCCCACCUCAAAUGGUCUACUGAAAAUCAAGAGUCAUCCCAUGAACAAUAUGAACUGCAUUAUAAGUUGCUGAAGCGUGGAACUCAGGCAGAAUUUGGACACUGUGGGCUCGUGACACGCACCACCAACACCUGUGUAGUGCAGGGCCUGCUGCCUGACCGGUCAUACCAAUUCAUGAUCAGAAGAGCAGAAGUGUACACGCUUGUCUAUGAACUGUGGCAUGACACCAUCACACUGACGACAAAAGCUAACACAGCUGAAGACAAAAGCACCUGA